CGCAGAAACCCCAUUAGGUAUACAAAGCAACGUGCUUUUCAUAGCAAAAGUUUCGAUACCUACUGACCAGCGGUAUGACUACCCAAUGAGGCGUUUUGUCGAGCCGAGCUACCUCUCCGUCCCAGUCAUAACCGAUCGUCUGUUCGCGAAAUUACACUACAUCAGUGAACGUUGCCGGAAAAAGUGCUUCUGAGAUUAGCCUACAGCGUUCGAACUAUGUCAUCAUCGGUGGAAAACCUAGAAAAAAAUAACGAUGAUGACGAUUACAAUCCAUUCGAGCAUAGGAAAAUCAAGAAACCGAAUACGACAAUUGGAAGUUUCAUACAUAUGAUCAAAGGCUCUUUAGGUACGGGAAUUAUGGCUAUGCCGUUGGCAUUCAAGAAUGAAGGUUUGAUAUUCGGCUCAAUAGGGACCGUUGUAAUCUGCGUACUCUAUGCUCAUUUUGUGCAUCUACUGGUUCACACAUCACAGAAAGCAUCCAAGCGAAGCCAAGUGCCGAUGUUGGGAUUCAGUGCAACUGCCAAAGACGUGUUCAGCAAUGGACCCCCAAGUUUACGACCCUAUACGAGUUAUGCAUCGGGCUUCAUCGACUCAAUGAUGGUGAUUGAUGGUUUCCUCACGGCUUGUUUGUACAUAGUUUUCAUAGCAAAAUCGUUGCAAGACGUACUGUACAACCAGCUGCAGCUCGAUUGGGACACAAGGGUUUACAUUCUGUUGCUUCUGGUUCCCUUACUGGUCAUUAUUCAAGUUCGAAAAUUGAAACAUUUGGUGCCAUUUACGGCAAUCGCCAGCGGAUUGAUCAUUUCGGCCGUAGGAAUCUCGCUAUUUUUCAUCUUUACUGCUAAAAUCGAUUUGUCCAGUAAAUCUAUGUGGCCAGAAUGGAUGAAUCUGCCAUCGUUUGUGAGCACUGUUCUAUUUGCAAUUUCGGGAAUCAACACGGUUUUGCCGGUGGAGAACAACAUGAAACAUCCGGAGCAAUUUCUUCGUCCCUUCGGCGUAAUGCAGACUGCGUUUGGAUGUCUGACUGUGCUUUACGGAAUCACCGGAUUCUUCGGAUACGCCCAAUUCGGAGACGCAACCAAGGCUUCCAUCACUCUUAAUCUACCGAGUGACAAUGGUUGGGCACAAACAACGCGACUGAUCUCCGCCAUGGGCGUCUUAGUUGCUUUGGGGUUCUCUCUUUACGUCCCGUUGGAAAUUCUGUGGCCCCGUAUCGAAAGCAGACUUUCACCGAAACGACAGAACUGUGCCCAAAUCGGAAUGCGAUCCGUGUUUGCCUUGGCUAUGGUGUUGACAGCGUUCGUUGUACCGGAAAUCGAACCAUUCAUAGGGCUGUUGGGAUCGUUCAGUACGGCGGCACUUUCCAUACUGUUUCCCGUUUCCUUGGACAUGAUCUUCCGAUGGCCGAAAGAGUUCGGGCGUUGUCGGUGGCAUCUUGUGAAGGACGUUGUUCUGUGGGUGUUUGGGCUGUUUGUGCUCAUUGUCGGGACGUAUUUCAGCAUUUUGGAUAUUGUUGACAUAUAUAAAUAAAUAAAUGUAAUACGU